GAUGGAAGAACAGAGUCAAGUUCAUGCACCUGUUUGAAGGGGCCCAAACUGUCAGAGAUAGGAACAAUUGCCUGGAUGAUCACGCUUUGUGAUGCUCUCCACAACUUCAUCGACGGCUUGGCGAUCGGGGCAUCCUGCACUUUGUCUCUUCUUCAGGGACUUAGUACUUCCAUAGCCAUCCUGUGUGAGGAGUUUCCUCAUGAGUUAGGGGACUUUGUGAUCUUGCUCAAUGCAGGGAUGAGCACUCGACAAGCCCUGCUAUUCAACUUCCUUUCUGCAUGUUCCUGCUAUGUUGGACUAGCUUUUGGUAUUUUGGUGGGCAACAAUUUUGCUCCAAACAUUAUAUUUGCACUCGCUGGAGGCAUGUUCCUCUACAUUUCUCUGGCAGAUAUGUUUCCAGAGAUGAACGACAUGCUGAGAGAAAAAGUAACUGGAAGAAAAACGGAUUUCACCUUCUUCAUGAUCCAGAACGCUGGGAUGUUAACCGGGUUCACCGCCAUCCUGCUCAUCACCUUGUAUGCAGGGGACAUCGAAUUGCAGUAGCCGGAAGUUGAUGAAGGAGGAGAUUGAAUAGGCAACAAAUAAAACAUCUCCAAAGGGAUUUUUUUUUUUUUUAAAGCGUAUUCUAUUUAGUUUUCAACUAGAGGUUAAAGAAUCUAGUGACUGGCUUCAGACAAUGUAAAAUAGGUGAAAUUUGUUGUUAAAGAAAUUCUCUAAAAGGUUUUCAGUUUCAGUCUGAAGUGACAGGUGUAUGGGGGCCUUUGGUAAAUACCUGUUUUUCAGUGUUUUAUGCAUUUGAGAACAUUAUCAUGAGGCAAAACACAUACAUUCACAAGCAAACACACGGACCCAGAGGUCUAGGUCAUGUAAGGCUUUAAAACCGUGGUUCUGAUAAGAAGAUUCAAGUGCUUUCAGAGUGGUUUUCCUUCAAUUAAUGUGUUCUGCUUCUUUUGAGGGCAGGUACAUCAAAUGUGGAAGGAAAUCAAAACAGCUCCGGUGCACCCACGAAUGGUUCCAGAGCUUUAAUGAUCCCCAGAAAGACAGAUUGCUCACAGCGUUUGUCAGCUUUAUGUCUCAAUUAACGACUUGUAGGAUUCUUUUGAAAGCUAUUCUAAAGUUAAAGUAACAUGAAUUAGGAACCAUGAAAGGCUUGCUAGCCCUGUGAAACUUGGGCUUAGGGGUUUGUCUUUGAGUGUAAACUGGACAGACUCUGACAAAAAGGUCAGAUUGGCUUCAGAAUGACUUACGUUGUGGUUCCAACCCUCAGAAAUGGCAGAGGACUAUUCAAGACUGGUGAGAACUCUGUCUCACCACAUUCUGGGAUUGCUUUGUGAUGAUGAAGAAUAUGUUGGGUGGGAGAAAGAAAUUGAAUGUAAUUUUUGAGCAAUUUACUUUUUAGAGAUAAGCAUAAUUAUUUAGCAGGGAAAAUUUCAAUAAAUGCAAAAUAACAGCUGGUCUGUGCUGUGUCAGAGACUGACUGACAAUGGAAGCAUGUGUUCAUUAUGGGUGAUUGACAGCCAGUUGGAAACGUCUUCUUCUAUGUUCAGCAUGUAUUUUUCCAUAUGGUAUACCUUUGGAGAAAACUCAGCAUACUGUGAUUAUUUUUCUACCUUUUGUAAGAGACAGAGCUUGUUGGGUUUUUGAGCAGGUAGUAGACCAUUAGUCUGAAUUGAACAUUAUAAUCUCAAUUCACACUCCCAAGUAACUUUAAAAAAGAUGGUUUGACAGCCAUGAAAAUUAUUAAUAGAUACAAAGAGUUAUCUCAGGAAUUAUGUUUUCCUAUAAGCCAAAACAAGUUUUCCUUCAGCAACAAUGCAAAUAAAUAACCAUUUAAUAUGUUUAUGUAUAUUUCACUCUAUGUUUGACAAUUGAAAAAUAUUAUUUGACCAAACAGUAAACACCUUUGAAGCCAUGUAAUGUGUUAGUUAUUUUUCUUUUCAUGUGUCUCUGUUUUGAAUGACUAUCAUGUACCUGGUGUUAUGGGGGAGAGAGACAAAAGGAAAUUGUUGUUUCAAAGAUAUCUAGCAAAUAAAUCCUACAAAGAUUUAUUUUUCAUUUCAAUAAACAUAAUCUAUAUUAUUGCAUA